AUGUGGAUACGAUGUUGGUUUUCUUUGAUUUCGGUUGCAUUUCUAUCAGCAGUGUUUGUUGCGGGCAACAGCGAUGAUAUGGAUGAGAUGGAUAUCGAUGACAAAUCGUUUGGUGAUAAUGUAAAAAGUCCUGGAGUUGAAUAUACACCACCGAAGUUUCAAACGCCUACGGUUUCUGGAUCACCACUGUUAGUAGAUUGGUUUUCAAAUCCAGGUGCAAUUGGCAAAAAAUGGCUUCUUUCAAAGGGCAAGAAGGAUAACGUAGAGGAUUCUAUAGCGAAGUUCAACGGUGAAUGGGAAAUAGGUGCUCCAUCGAAAGUUGUCAUUGAUAAUGAUCUGGGAUUAAUUGUGAAAACUAAGGCUCGACAUCAUGCAAUUGCUACUAAGUUCGCUCGCCCUUUCAGAUUUGUUGAAAACCCGUUGAUUGUUCAGUAUGAAGUAAAAUAUGAGGAAGGACAAGACUGUGGUGGGGGAUACGUCAAAUUGCUUACGGAAGGUGCUGAAAAAAAGCUUGAAGAAUUCACAGACAAAACACCAUACACGAUAUUGUUUGGGCCGGAUAAAUGUGGUGCGAAGUCGAGUAUUUUGUUUAUUGUUCGCUUCAGAAACCCUAAAAACGGUACUAUCUCCGAGCAUCAUGCUAAACAACCUUCAAAAUCAGUCUCGACAUACUUUGAUGAUCAUAAGACACAUUUGUACACCCUGAUUAUUCGUCCUGAUGAAAGUUUUACUGUCUUAGUUGAUGAAAGUAAAAUUAUGUCUGGCAGCCUGAUAAAUGAUCUCGAACCAUCUAUUACUCCACCAACUUCUAUUGAUGAUCCAAAAGAUGAAAAGCCUGAAAACUGGGAUGAGCGCGAAAAAAUCGAGGAUCCACAAGCCAAAAAACCAGUUGAUUGGGAUGAAGAUGCACCUAGGAAAAUAGAAGAUAAAAAUGCUGUAAAACCUGAAGAUUGGCUUGAGGAAGAAGAAGCAUUCAUUCCGGAUCCUGAUGCAAAAAAACCAUCUGAUUGGGAUGAUAGUAUGGAUGGCGAAUGGGAAGCACCGAAAAUCGAUAAUCCAAAGUGCAAGCUCCGAAGCGGUUGUGGAAAAUGGACAAAGCCAAUGAUUGAUAAUCCAAAUUACAAAGGGAAAUGGAAACCGCCGCUUAUUACUAAUCCUAAUUAUAAAGGAAAAUGGGUUCCAAAACAAAUCGCAAAUCCAAAUUACUUUGAGCCACAUCCGUUUACUCAAUUGCAACCUGUCACAUCACUUGGCAUUGAACUGUGGACUAUGAGUGCUAACAUUAUCUUUGAUAAUAUUUUUGUUGGAGAUGAUGAAAGUGCAGCAACUAGUUUUGCUAAGCAAACUUUUCGUCUUAAAAAUGCUCAGGAAGAGGCAUACGAAAGUGCGUCCUCUCCUAAUCAAGGAAUAUUCGGUAAACUUGUAACAGCCACUGAAGAACGACCUUGGUUGUGGGUUAUCUAUGUGUUAUCAGUUUUAAUACCUGUAGUCAUCAUCGCAGUUGUUUGUUUUGGACGAAGAAGUCGGCCGAUUGCUGCUGAUUACAAAAAAACAGACGAAGUAGUAGUUGAUGAUGAAGUGCCAAAUCUUGUCGGUGAUGAUGAUGAUUUGGUGGAGCAGGGUUUGCAGGAUUUUGAAGAAAAAGAUAAUGAUGAGGAAAAGGCAACGAAACGUACACCAUCAAGAUCACCAAGUCGUUCUCGUGUUGACAAGAACGCUUCAUCUGAAGACGAAGUUAAAGAUGAAGGGCACAAUUCUCCUAAGGCUAGGCGUGUUCGCCAAAGAAAACAAGAUUGA